UAAGCUCUAGCUCUUCCUUCAGUAGGUCUGAUGCCGGGGUUGACAUGGGAGGAGGCAGAGGCCUGGGCAGCACUGGAUUGGGAACCCCUGGCUCUGGAAAGAUUUGACUGCGCCCUGUUGCUGGGGUUCAUGCAGCCAGGAAGGCUAAGGGCUGCUUGCCCCCCUUUCUCGCAGUGUUCCUUUCCCCCUCGUUUCUAGCAGGGAACGGGGAUGGGGUUGGUUGGGUCUCCAAGUCCGGGAGAAACCCAUGCCCAAGGCUGACGGGCUGCCCUUUCCUGGGCCCUGCCAGGCGUGCACACCCACUGGAGGACCUUGGCAUUUUGGGUCCCUGUAAGGUGUGCUGGUUCAAGAGAGCUUUGCCAGGCGUGACUGCAACCUGAGAAAUGCAAUCUGGAAAAGAGAAAAGCUGUGCUUUUUCUUCCUUUAUCCUCACUCUCCCGCCUCUGGCAUGCAAAUUUAGCCCAGUAUCUCUCAGCUGGAUUCCCCACCAGCAUGAGAAGUCUUAGAAAUGAAAUCUUGGCAAAAAUGCACCACACCUGGCUCCCUUCUACAGGAACCCUGGUGGGGGUCGGUUGUCCACACCGGGAAGGGGACCAUUCGAAGCGCCCACUUCUCAGACGCGGAUGCCGCCCCGGCCUUAACCCUUGGGGUCGGGACACCAAUCCCCUUCGCGUUCGGGAGGUGCGGAUCGGGCUGGUCGGGGUGGAGGCGCACGAACCCGGAUCCCGACCGGGGUCGGGCGGGCGCGGUCCUCCCGCCGCGAGGGGGCGCUGCUCGAAGCCGGGCCGCCCCUCUGGCCCGUGGCGUCUCGAUGGCCGGCGUCGCCCGCCGCGCCGACGCCCGCCCUCCAGCUCGCGGCUUUCGGGAGGAAAUGGCUGCGAGACCCUAGAGGCUGUGCGGCCGGCGGAGCUUACUCCAUGGGAGCAGUCUGUAGAUAAUCUGAGUUGUCGAAAACAGGAAUCCUGUUAUUUGUGAACAGUGACUGACAUCCGCAGUGUCUUGAGGCCUGGCUGUUUGUGACUUCAUUAGCCAGGAUUUUCAUAGUAUUAAGGACUUCAGAAAAAAAGUCUCCAAGGUUUCAGUGUGUUGGGCAGGGUUUCAUUCUAUACCACCCAUUCUUCUAGGAUGAAACGUGGCAUAAAUUCAGCGUCAUCAUUAGCAUUUAAAUGUGAUUGAAGCUUGGACACCUUGGAAAAGAAGUUUUAAGGUAUGGAUGAUAAAGGAGAUCCAAGCAGUGAUGAAAUGCCUAAGACCAUCAAACCCACAAGCAAGGAGUUCAGGAAAACAUGGGGUUUUCGAAGAACCACAAUUGCGAAGCGAGAGGGUGCAGGAGAUGCUGAAGCAGAUGCUCUGGAACAGCAGCCUCAGCAGCAGCAGCAGCAAAGCCUCUCCUUGCGCCGCAGUGGGAGGCAGCCGAAGCGUACCGAGAGAGUGGAAGAAUUUCUCACAACAGUUAGACGCAGAGGAAGAAGGAACGUUCCUGUCUCCCUGGAAGAUUCCAGUGAGCCCACAUCUUGUCCAGUUACGGAUGCCGAAACUGCGUCUGAGGGGAGCGUAGAAAGCGCCUCAGAAAUGAAAAGCGGUCCCAAGUCUGGUUCCACGUGUGUUAAGGAGCAGCCAGCCUCUUCUGAAAAUGCCGAAGGAGGUGAUGAUGACGAUGACGCCUCCGACAGUGACAGCGAUGGGUUGACUUUGAAAGAACUUCAGAAUCGCCUUCGGAGAAAGCGAGAACAAGAGCCGACUGACAGGCCUCUGAGAGGGAUGCGGAGCCGCCUGCGGAAGAAGCGUCGGGGGGAGGCCCCCGCCGAGACCGCUGAUGCUGAAGCAGGCCACACCAUGGAGAGCUCGCUGCCUGGGGAGCAGGAGCCCGAGCCCGGUCAGGCAGCUGUGUCCCAGGCAGCAAAAGAUAACAAAGAAAGCAGGCUGGAAGGGAAAGCGUCUGAGGGCAUUAAGGAGGAAGAACCUGGAGACGCAAUCAGACAUAGGCGUGACUGUGAGGUCUACGACCCCAACGCCCUGUACUGCCUGUGCCGGCAGCCUCAUAACAACAGGUUCAUGAUUUGCUGUGAUCGGUGUGAAGAAUGGUUUCAUGGCGACUGUGUGGGCAUUUCUGAGGCUCGAGGGAGGCUUUUGGAAAGGAAUGGGGAAGAUUAUAUCUGCCCCAAUUGCACCAUUCUGCAAGUGCAGGACGAGGCGAAUUCAGAACACACGGAUCAGCAGGACACUAAAUUUAGCCCUGGAAAUGCUGAUGGCACAGAGUUUACGAGUAUAGGAACAGUCGAACAAAAAUCUAGUGAAGACCAAGGAAUAAAGGGUAGAAUUGAGAAAGCUGCACAUCCAAGUGGCAAGAAAAAACUCAAGAUAUUUCAACCUGUUAUAGAGGCUCCCGGGGCCUCCAAGUGUAUUGGUCCUGGGUGUUCUCGUGUGGCGCAGCCUGACUCGGUUUAUUGCAGCAAUGACUGUAUUCUUAAGCAUGCUGCAGCUACCAUGAAAUUUCUAAGUUCAGGUAAAGAACAAAAACCAAAACUUAAAGAAAAGACCAAGAUGAAACCAGAAAAGCUCAGUCUUCCAAAGUGUAGCAUUCAGGCGGGCAUUAAAAUUUCUUCUAUGCACAAGAGACCAGCUCCAGACAAAAAAGAAAACAUUGUGAAGAAGACCGUGGUGGCACCUUCUAGGAAUGAAGCACUUAUUAAGGAAACAGCUUCUGAAAGCACACCAUCUUGGGCAAGCGAUCACAAUUACAAUGCAGUAAAGCCAGAAAAGACUGCUGCUCUUUCGCCGUCACUGUUGUAUAAAUCCAUGAAGGAGGACAAAAGAGCCGAGGAGAAGAUGACAGCCAGUGUUGCAGUGUCCAAGAAAAUGGUUCCUUUGGGUGCUAUAGCCAGCAAACCACCUUCUUCCUUGCCCAGAAAACUAGUUCCGAAGAAGUCACCUUCUUUGGCUCACAUGUCAGCAGCCAAACAGGCCAUGAAAAAGUCGCCCUUGGGUUUCAAGGGUUCCAUACCCAAGAGACCGUGGCUCGCAGCCCCUCCCUCGGGCAGCACCCCAACUGCCAAACAGUCAGGACUGACGCCUGUCGCUGCGGCGUCCGCUUCUAAGAAACUGCCCGGCCCUCCUGCCCUGGGUGGAGCACUCAGGAAGCCGGCGGCUGCUUCUGUCUCUGUGGCCACUCCAGCCCCAGGACGGCUCGUGGCCACUGGUCCCGCCCUGUCACAGCCAAACUCACAGAUUCGGCAAAAUAUUCGACGUUCUUUAAAAGAGAUUUUGUGGAAAAGAGUCAAUGACAGCGACGACUUGAUAAUGACAGAAAACGAAGUGGGAAAAAUUGCCCUCCACAUUGAGAAGGAGAUGUUUAACUUGUUUCAAGUUACAGAUAAUCGCUACAAGAGUAAAUACCGCAGCAUCAUGUUCAACCUCAAGGACCCUAAAAAUCAGGGGCUCUUCCAUCGUGUUCUGCGGGAAGAAAUCUCUUUGGCAAAACUUGUCAGAAUGAAGCCAGAAGAACUUGUCUCUAAGGAGCUCUCCAUGUGGAAAGAGAGACCAGCAAAAUCUGUGAUGGAAUCCAGAACUAAAUUGCUUAAUGAAAGCAGGAAGACUGCCAUUAAACAGGAAGCCAUUCCAGAUAUGGAAGAUUCUCCACCAGUAUCAGAUUCGGAUGAACAACAAGAAUUGGUUCGAGCUAUACCUGAAAAAAGUAGUGCACCUCUUCUUGAUGUCUUCAGCAGUAUGUUGAAAGACACAACAAGCCAGCACCGUGCACAUCUUUUUGAUCUAAACUGUAAAAUCUGUACAGGUCAGAUUCCCUCAGAAGAUGAACCAGCUCCAAAAAAACAAAAACUGUCGGCUUCUACUAAGAGAGAAGACCCAAAAUCCAAGUACGACAGCGCUCUCUCUGAGCCUGUCCCUAACAGAGCAGAGGAAGUGAUGCCAGAAACACUGCCCGACAUUGCGUCUGAACCAGAACUGGAAAGCACAUCUCAUCCAAACCUGGGGAGGAAUUACUUCCCUGUCCCCUCAGGAAGCAGCACCCCUGAGCCCUCCCCUUUGGAAGAGCUCCCUCCCUGCCCAGCCUCCUGUGGGGGUGGCGUGCUCACCACGGUCACGGUGUCUGGCAGGGACCCCAGGACUGCGUCAGGUGCCUCGUGUGCAGUCACGGCCCCCACAGCAGCCCCCCGCCCCAGCAGCUCUCUGGACAGCGCCCACACGGCAGAGACCAGACAAGAUGCUCCGAAGCCUGCCCUGACUUCGGUCACGAUGCCCAAGUCCAUCCUGGCUAAGCCGUCCUCUUCACCCGAUUCCAGAUACUUGUCACUUCCACCAUCCCCGAACAUCAGCAUCUCAGAGUCACGUUCCCCUCCAGAAGGAGAUACGACCCUGUUUUUGUCUCGACUCAACACCAUUUGGAAAGGAUUCAUUAACAUGCAGAGCGUGGCCAAGUUUGUCACGAAGGCAUAUCCUGUCUCUGGGUGUUUUGAUUAUCUCACUGAGGACUUGCCCGACACGAUUCACGUUGGUGGGAGGAUCGCACCGAAGACAGUCUGGGAUUAUGUUGGCAAACUCAAAUCUUCAGUUUCUAAGGAGCUGUGUCUGAUCCGUUUCCAUCCGGCAACAGAAGAGGAAGAAGUCGCUUAUAUUUCCCUCUACUCCUAUUUUAGCAGCCGCGGCCGCUUCGGUGUUGUAGCUAAUAAUAACAGGCACGUCAAGGACCUCUACCUGAUCCCCCUGAGUGCCAAGGACCCUAUUCCCUCCAAACUCUUGCCCUUCGAGGGACCAGGUCUUGAGUCACCACGUCCAAAUAUAAUCCUUGGGUUAGUAAUCUGUCAGAAAAUAAAACGUCCUUCAAAUGCUGGAGAGUUGGACAAGAUAGAGGAAAAGCGAAGCCGGCUCCAAACACAAGAAGAAGUGGAUGUUGCAGCCUACCCCAAAGUAACUGCGGCUCCUCAGCCUGAAAAGAAGCCCUCCAAGUAUCAGCUGUUCUCUGCAGACGCGGCUGCCAGCAGCACCCCCCCGGGGUCGCCGCCGCCCCCACCCCCCCUGCCGGAGCCCCCGGCAGCGCCAGCUUCCGCGUCAGUGUUAAAGAUCCUGUCGUCCCUCCGGCCCGGGGCCACAAGCACUGUCACAGCAUCAACUGCGUCAGUGGCCGUCACAGGGGCAGCCGCCUCUGCCGCCUCAUCUGCUUCCAAGACAGCUUCGCCCCUAGAACACAUCCUCCAGACUCUUUUUGGAAAAAAGAAAUCCUUCGAUCCCCCUGCCAAAGAUUCUGCUGAGUCCGCUGCAGCCUCCCACCCUGAUGCCAAAACCAAGGUGCAUGACGGGGUGUCAGGCACUCCCUUGCUAGAUCCAAUUGUCCAGCAGUUUGGUCAGUUUUCAAAAGAUAAAGCUUUGGAGGAAGAAGAGGACGACAGGCCCUAUGACCCCGAGGAGGAGUAUGAUCCUGAGCGAGCCUUCGACACCCCACUCCCGGAACGAGGGAAACGUGGGGACGCAGAAAAGGCUCCUGAACUGGCUGAGAAGGAGGAGGUGGCCUAUGACCCCGAAGACGAGACCAUCCUAGAGGAGGCCAAGGUCACCAUUGACGACCUGCCCAACAGAAUGUGUGCAGAUGUGAAAAGGAACUCCACAGAGAGGGCUGCUGAGCAUGCCGCUGAUCUCCCCACUCCCUCCUUGGUUGAACAACAGAAAAUGUUAGAGGAAUUGAACAAGCAGAUUGAGGAGCAGAAGCGACAGCUCGAGGAGCAGGAGGAGGCCCUGAGGCAGCAGAGGGCGGCAGUGGGGGCCUCCAUGGCCCACUUCUCAGUGUCAGAGGCAUUAAUGUCACCCCCACCCAAGGCCUCGCUGAGCAAGGCGGAGCUGUUCCAGCCAGAGCCACAGAUCCCAGACAAGCCCACCUUACUUCCCAGCAGCAGCCCGGCGACCCAGGGCGCCCACCCAAGCUCAGACUCGAGGCCAAGCCGAGACCCCCGGCAGGCCCGGAGGCUGGCGGCAGAGAGCAGCGAGGCUGGGGAGCUCAAGCCGCCGGCCAAUGGCUCGCACAGCGCCCCGCCUUCCCAGGACACCCCUGGGGGGGCCGACACAGCCCAGCUGCCUCUGCUGGCCCAGGAGGAGCGGGAAUUGGCACCUCCCCAGUGGGUGCCCGGUGAGAAGGCUCCACCGCUGUCCAACCACGGCGGCCAGCAGAGCGAGCGCCCGGAAGAUGCAGCCAUGCAGCUCCCCGAGAGCACCCACCCCCCGGGGGCCGGGGACGGCGCCCCCAGGCCGGUGCGCAAAGUACUGCUGCCCACGCCGCCCAGCACCGCCUUGCAGCCCAAUUUCCCUCUGCACAGCGAUGGGCAGAGUUUCAGCGCUCCCGGGGGAAGGGAGCCUCUCUCGAGCGCAGUGUUCACAUCUCAGGAGAAAUCUCUCGGUGCGUCCCAGUACGAGGAUCCAAGAAAUCUUCCGUUUCCUGAAAAAACAGACAGUGCAGGUGCUGAGGGAGAGAGAGCGCCGCAGUGCAUGCCCAGCGAGGGGGCCUCUGCGUUUCCCCCAACUGCACAGAAGGGGGGCGGCCCCCAGCCCCAGUUCCAGGGGCAGCGGGAACCCGCGCUGCGACCCUUCCCUCCAGGACUUCACGGCCCUAGUUUCCCAGCACCAAGGGGGCCGGCCCCUCCAUUUUCCGAGGAGAAUCUUAUUUCUAAUCACGAGGGUCCGAGAGGGCCUCCGCCCCCCAGGUUCGGGGCACAGAAGGGGCCGAUCCCUUCCUUGUUCUCCGGACAACAUGGGCCCCCUCCUUUCGGGGAGAACAGGGGCCCUGCACCCUCCUACCUCGGGGGGCCCCGAGCAGGAGCACCAUCCCAGUUUGAGGAGCGCAAGGAUCCCCAUGGGGAGAAGAGGGAAUUCCACGAACCCCCGUACGCCGAGCUGCCUGGUCCUCCUGCCCAGUUUGAAGGGCCCGAACAGGCCCAGUUUAUGGGGAGUCGGGGCUCCACGCCUUUCCAAUUCGGAGCCCAGAGAAGACCUCUGCUAUCGCAGUUCAAAGGACCCAGAGGCCCUCCGCCCUCUCAGUUCGGAGGUCAGCGAGGACUGCCCCCUGGCCAUUUUGUGGGCCCCAGGGGGCCCCAUCCUGGUCAGUUUGACACCGCCCGGGGCCCUCAUCCCAAUCAGUUUGAAGGACCCAGAGGCCAAGCACCAAAUUUCAUGCCAGGCCCCAGGGGAAUCCAGCCUCAGCAAUUCGAAGAGCAAAGAGUAAGUUCACCACCGAGGUUUGCAAGUCAAAGGGCGCCGGCACCCCUUCCCUUUGCUGGACCCCGGGGAUCGGCGCCCUUUUCCGAGAAAAACGAGCAGCCGCCUUCACGGUUUCACUUCCAGGGGCAGCCGCCGCCGGUGAUGAAGCCCGGCCCGCGGCCGCUGCUGGAGCUCCCCAGCCACCCGCCGCCGCCGCGGAAGGAGCGCUGGGACGAUGCGGGCCCGGCCGCCUCCCUGCCCGCCGGCGCCCCCGGGCCGGGCCCCGAGGCCGACCCGCAGUGGUCGCCGCCCGACUUCCGAGAGGGCCAAGGGCACGAGCACAGGAACCAGGCCUUCGAAGCGAGGCCGCGGGAGCGGUUUGAAGCGGGACCCAAGGAGAGGCCGGCGGACGAGCCCGAGGCGCAGACGGCCGACGGGCGCCCGGGCCGGGCCUGCGAGGAGCGGCGGCGCGAGCGGGAGCACGGCCGGCCCUGGGAGCGCGAGCGCGGCCGGGGCUGGGGCCGCGAGCGGGACUGGGUGAGGCACCGCGACAAGGACGGCGGCAGAGAGUGGGAGCGGCCCAGGGACAGGGCCGCGAGCCGGGACAAGGAGUGGGACCGGAGCCGGGAGAGGAGCCGGAACCGGGAUCGACGGCGCGACCGGGACAGGUCUCGGAGCCGGGAGCGGGACCGCGAGCGGGCGCGGGACAAGGACAGAGACCCGCGGGAGCGCGGCCGGGACCGCAAGGACCGCAGCAAGAGCAAGGAGAGCGGCCGCGACCCGAAGGCCGAGGCGCCCCGGGCCCCCGUGGCGGGCAGCGCAGCCCCCGCGCAGGCCUAGGCCGGGGGUCUCCAGCGGGCAGUGGCCUGGGUGAAGGUGGCCUGUUCCGGAUUUCAAAACACGACUGUAACUUUGUGUAUGAUGGUUUCUUAAUGGAAUUUCACACCUUUACAAUUCUGAUGCUUUUUUAAAAACUAAGAACUCAGUAUUUCCAUUCAAAAUUACAGCAAUGGGAAAGUAUCACUAAAAGCAUAUUGCUUUUUCAGAUUAUAAAGCUAUCUUUUCCAAGAACCUGACUGUUGAAAAUGUUAAGGGACUGUCCGUGGACCUUAGAGCCAUACCUUUACUGACAUCGCAUCUGCAUUUCUGUGUUCAAAAGGCUGGUUUUCCCUUUUUCCCGUCUGUCACGUGCUGUCAGAGGAGCCCCCUGCUGCCUUCGGGUUGGGUUACCAUGGGGGGCUGCAUUCGUUUCUGGCCUGAUUAAGGGAGAGCAGUGUUACUACUUUGUAUCUGGAAGGAUGAAACACACAAAAUUUGUAAGUGCAUUUUUCUUGUCAUAAGGAACUUUGAAUUACAAAUUUCAACCAGGAAACAAAAACACAUUUUCGUUUUGCUCAGUUUUUAUGUAUUGCCUUAGAAUUUUUUUUUUUCAAAAACAUGAUUAAAAGCAACAUAUGUCCAAACAGAAACAGUUGCGUUUUAAAUGACAAUUUAUUGAAAAAUGUCUAAAUUUUACCAGCCUAAAGAAAAUGAGAAAAUAAACCAAGUAAGUAUACUUUAAGGGGGCGGGGGAGGUUCUUUGAUUUGAAUAAUCAGGAACAUUUUGUUUGUAGAAUUUUGCCUUCUGAGCAGUUCUUCCUUUAUCCCAGGAAAGGUGCACUAAGCUUUAAACUGUUAUAUGUGUCAGAUGAGAAAUUUAAAAGUCUGUCAUUGAGAAUGGAACAAUAUUUGUAUAAAGUCUGAGAUGGAAAAUAGUGAUACUAGUUCAAGAACUACAAACUACGUAGAAAGCGUUCACUGUGAAAUACAGUAUACUGCUUCUUGUCAUGUAUUUUUCAAGUACUUCUGAAGUGUGAAAUAGAGAAAACGUUGCUAAUUUAUUUGACUGUACAAAUACACUUUGAUAAUUUUUUAUAUUUUCAUAAAAUUACUUUUGCAAAUGUAAAAUUAGAGGAUUUCAUUUGUCCUUUGAACUCUCUUCCAUUAUACAUCACUACAGUUUUUCACUUUAUAGCACAAAUUUCUAAGUUGCGAGAGCCCAGCAGUGUGGGGUGGCGGCCGUGUGGACCGAGGGCUGCAGGCUGCACCCCGUUGAAGUGGGGUUGUGCUCCAACAUCUAAUAUGAUGUGAAGGUUUUUUACAUAUAAAACAAAGUUUUCUAAUUUAAAUACAUAAAUGUAAAAAAUCAAGUAUGUUUCCUUAAGUUUACUUGAUAGAAAUUUCUGUAAAUUGUAUUUUAUAUUGCAGAGUAUAUCACUGUACAUUAAAACAUGGAACUUCGUAGGUUUUGUUACUUGGAGUAGAAUAAACAUCUACGGAACAUUUUGUCUUGUUCUGUCCUUCCUUA